AUGGCGGAAGGUUACGUUCCCGUCGACAACGAUGAUGAUGACGACUCACAUAGUAUACGCUCGGCUCACGUAGCACCAGACGACCAUACCAUCGAACAAGGCUUUGAAAAUAACCCCGUCAGUGCAUCCGUGUUGAUCGGCUCGGGCAUUUCGCUCCACCCCGACCACGGCAUCAACGGCGCACCUUCAAGCAGCCUCCUGUACACUUGUGCUAGAGAAAGUGAAAGCGAUACUCUUCUAGAACAUCAUUCACAUGUACCGCAACAGCAUGGCUGGGCCUCGUUAUGGCUCGCGUACCAGUCUAUUGGCGCUAUAUAUGGAGACAUCGGAACGAGUCCUCUCUACGUCUUUUCAGCAACGUUCUCUAGCCAACCGGUUCUCAUUGAUUUGAUUGGUGUUUUGUCACUUAUCAUUUGGGCUUUGUUGCUCAUUGCUACCAUCAAGUAUGUCGGCAUAGUGCUUUGUGCGAAUGAUAAUGGAGAAGGAGGCUCGUUCGCCUUGCUAUCUAUUAUUCGGAGACAUGUACAUCUUGAUUGGCGUGAUGCUAAAGCUAAGCUUGAGGAUGACUGGAGGGAUGUCAAGAUGGAUGAUACAUUGGGUUUCAAUGGAUAUGUUAAACGAUGGCUGGCGAAUAGCUCUGUUGCCAAACGUGCAAUUACCGUGCUUGCCGUGCUUGGUGUCUGCAUGGUUAUGUCAGAUAGUGUGUUAACUCCAGCACAAUCCAUUCUCGGUGCUGUACAAGGCAUCCAGAUCGCAGCACCAGAUGUUCCAUCCCGUACUAUUGUGGGCAUAACUUGCGCCCUGAUAGUCAUUCUAUUUGCACUACAGCCGAUAGGAACAUCAAAGCUGAGCAAUUACUUUGCUCCUAUUGUCACUAUUUGGCUCUUAUGCAAUACAGUCUUUGGCUUAAUUAACCUGGCGUUGUAUGACCAUACCGUCUUGAAAGCUUUUUCUCCCACGCAUGCUAUUUCAUUCUUGCUUCGGAAUGGGUUCUCAGGCUGGAGAUCGCUUGGUGGUGUUCUCCUCUCAUUUACAGGUGUUGAAGCAUUAUUCGCCGAUCUAGGUGCAUUCUCAGCAAGGGCUAUUCGGUUCUCGUGGCUUUGCUUUGCGUUGCCAUGCUUGUUAAUUAUAUACAGUGGUCAAGCAGCGUAUAUCAGUGAGCACCUGGACGCUUUCGAGAAUCCGUUAUUCAAGUCGGUCCCUCCAGGGCUAUACUGGCCUACCUUGGUACUGUCUAUGAUUACCUCGAUCAUUGCAUCCCAAGCCAUGCUCACUGGUAGCUUUCAAUUGAUAUCCCAGGCUGUUCGGCUGGGGUAUCUUCCAAAGCUUACUCGUGUGCAUACAUCAAAGAGAAUAGCCAGUCAGAUAUAUAUACCCCUGGCAAACUGGUUUAUGAUGGCUUGCGCGCUUGCUGUUACGAUAGUAUAUCAAAACACAACUCGUCUUGGGAAUGCUUAUGGUGUCUGUGUGGUUGGGGUUAGCUUCAUUACAACCUGGCUGGUGACGCUGGUCGCUAUUGUUGUCUGGAACGUCCAUUAUCUGAUAGUGAUUCCGAUCUCACUAUUUAUCGGACUAGCUGACACCUUAUUUCUCUCCGCUGCUCUGGCCAAGGUGCCAUCUGGCGGUUGGUUUACGCUUGUCCUAGCUGCGGUGCUAACAACAACUCUGCUGGUAUGGAGUUAUGGAGAAGGGUCCAAAUGGGCUGCACGGAAGGACGAGAGAAUAUCCCAAGCAGUGGUGUAUCCAAACCAGAAUGGCCAACUGAUACUGCGUGAGGAGGGUGUGGACCAACCGGUAAAGAAAAUAAAAGGGAUUGGGGUGUUUCUGACUGACCACGACGCCGGGUCGCCGUCCGUGUUUAAACACUUUGUGCACAAGUUCGAGUCGAUACACGAGAUAUCUAUACUUCUACACGUUAAGCGUGUCCUACAGUACACAGUAGCCGAUGAGCGCCGAUUCACCCUACGACAAACAGGAAUUCAGGGACUGUUUCAUGUCACCUUGCAAUACGGCUACGGUGACAUCGUGUCCUGGAAUUCAUUUGAAAGAGACAUCCUAAGCGAACUUGGCACCAUCACUCCUGCAUGUCGGGAUGACCACGGCAUAGAGUCUCCCACGCUCUCCCCCAUCGCCGAGGAGCCCACUGCGAUACCACUCACCACCAAGAGACCCUCUACGAAAUCCAUCACGUAUAUAGUCGGGAAGGACAAAAUAUACCUUCUCCCAACCUCCAAUUUCGUUCGGCGAGUUUUCCUAUGGGCGUUCAUCCACCUGAAGAACCGCGAGAAGACGAAGCUAGAUCAUCUGAACGUUCCGGUGGAUAGACUACUGGAAAUCAAGUUCUCUAAGGGAAUAUAA